GGUGUAGUAUCACGCUGCCCGUGCCGACCAUAUAUAUGUUCUUCAUACGCAUCGUUAUCAACGUGUGCCUUUUAAAACACAGAUGAAAAUAAAAAAACCGUGAAAGUGUGUGUAAACGGAGACGAAAUAAAUAAAAGUGAAAAAGUUUUUUUUCUUUCUUUUGUGAGUUUAUCGUAUUUUAUUACGGAACUAUAUUUUUACUGUGGUAGGUACGUUGUGGUGUUGUAACAUACCUAAUCAUAAGAUAAACGAUUAACAUUGAACACUUAAAGACAUCAGGGACGUUUCGCUGGUUUAGUUGAUGUAAAUUGCAACUCAAGCAGAACGCAUAGUGAUGUGACGUACAAUGUUUGAUAGCGUCACAACGACGCUUGUGAAACGAAUGAACUUAUAAAUUGUGUUGUGCAAUCGAUAAUCGAUAAUCGAUUCUGUCAUCGAGUGGUUCUGAAUGAACAGCCUCAUGCUUACGACUGCCGGCGUGGUGGACGAUCAGCCCUGUGUCGAUACAAAUAUGGCGUUUUCAUCUUAUAACAUGAUGGACUCGGGAGGCACAGGGGUAGCGGAAUCACCGCCAACAUACCACCGCACCUACGAGCAAUACGUCCAAGGAGCCGUCGAGAACAGCGCAGACUCGGUCCAGGACCAGACCAGUCCCGAACUGGUGUGGUCUACAUUACCUUACGGCAUCGAUUACAGGACGCCAUACGAUUAUCGAAAUCCCUAUGACACGAUCAGAGAUUACUCGACGCAGCAGUACGCGAGGGCUCCCUUCACAACUAAAAUGGGACAGGCGAAAGCGCUAAAGGAAGCCAGGAUAAGGAGACCCAUGAACGCAUUCAUGGUUUGGGCGAAGGUGGAGCGUAAGAAGCUGGCCGACGAAAAUCCUGAUCUGCAUAAUGCCGACCUCAGUAAGAUGUUAGGUAAAAAGUGGCGUUCGCUGACUCCGCAAGACCGACGGCCGUUCGUCGAGGAAGCGGAGCGUCUGCGAGUCAUACAUAUGACCGAGCAUCCUAACUACAAGUACAGACCUAGACGGCGAAAGCAAAACAAGGCCAGACCCAACCAACCUGCCACGCCAGUCAGCGCCCCUUCCUCUGCCUCUGCCGCUUUAGGAUCGCCGUACGCGACAGGCACCGACUCGCCGGACACUCGCUUCUCCCACAACCCCGGAGCCGGAUUCUCACCUUACAGAACCUCGCCUCUUGCCUCCGACUACCAAACAAACCAGCAGUUCAACGGUCACGUUCAAACGCCGGAAUCGUCGCCGGCAAGGUCUCCGGAGCCGCAAGGCAGAAGAAGUACUCCAGCUGAAGCUCCCUUACCGACCCCAGAUGCGUCUCCUGUCGAGAACGAGAAAGAAAACUUCCAGUACGAGGAGAGGCGAAGGACUUUGAACCCUUCAUCGAUAUCCGACACGUAUUCUCCGUACAAAUCAUACAGGCCCGGCUCCUACUCGCCAGCCCCCGUGGCCGCAAUGGGCAUGGCCAACGGCAUGUACGUCAUGUGCACCCAGAGAACGCUGACGGAGCAGCCGCCUCUAGUGACCGGAACAUUCUUCCCGCCAGUGGCCACAUCUCAGGAUCAACAAGCUCUGGGCACGUCAACCCCACGCGUGUCUUCGGCGCCCAGCGGCCCCAUGAACUCUGAAUACAGCAUCCAAUACCAUCCCUACGAACAAUAUGAACAGAUGUACAAAACUGAAGACCCCUACGUACACUACCCGGAGCAGCCUAAAACCGAAUACGACACCGGCGGUAGCUAUUUCUCGGAAGAACCUCCGCCGAAUCCUCAACAGGAGGUUGAAUUCAUGAAUCCUCGUUCAGAAAUAAGGACGGGUUCUCCCGACUCCGACGUCGACACCAGGGAGUUCGAUAAGUACUUCAAUCACGGCGCAGAGAGUGCCAUGGAUCAACACCAGCAGUACAGAUACGAGCAACAAUGCUAUCGGCCGGUUUACUGUCCGGAACAAGCGCCGGAACCGGAAUACUGUACCGAGAGGAUGUACCCCCCGUACGCAUCGGUGAUAACCGGUACUCCGCCCGCGACGUAUGCUCCCGCCACACCCGGGGCCGAGGUCAGACCCGAAGAUGAAUUCAGCGAGAUAUUAGCCGGCGUCCGACAGACCUGCUACAGCAAUUGACUAUUACGGAACUGAUAGAGCUUAGGAAUUCAGAGGACAUCUUCAAUGUAGCCCAAAGAAUCUAAAUUGUGAAACUACCGUAUCUCACUACGAAACGUGAUUCUUGUAAGUGUAAACUAUGAUAAUCUAACAACAAGCUUCCUUUCCGUGUUUCUCUUAACUGCCUUAGAAUGCGAAGAACGAAGAAUCAUAUUUAACAGAUAAAAUAAUCUGAGAAUAUUUUCUAAAAAUACAAAAUAGAAAAAUGUAAAUUAAGCUAUAAAUAAUUUUAAACGUGAUUUUAUUCGUUCGUCCUUUAUUAAUUUUAAAGAAACUUUAAUGUUAAAAAUAUUUAAAACAGAGUAUUUAAUCAAGAUUGCAAUUUUUAAUCAAUGAAAUUAGUUCCUGUUAGUUUCGUCUUUUUUUUAUUAUAUUUUUUAUUAAAAAG